AUGAAAUCGGUACCACCCACCUCACCCUCCCAACCUGUCAGCCCCGGGCGGGCAAGGCAUCUCGAACGAAACCGCGUCGCCGCCAACAAAUGCCGCGAAAGAAAGAAGAGAGAACAUAAGCAAAUUGAACGUCGUCUUACGGACGAAACCGAAAAGAAAGAUAUUCUCCUCGCACAAUUGAGUUGUCUCAAAGAAGAAGUGUGGGAUUUAAAAAACCUCAUCUUCCAGCACGCCGAGUGCCAAGAUCAUCAAAUCAACCACCAACUCGCCAGGAUGACCCAGACCGUCCUGCAAAGUCCUUCCAACCAGAAUCCCAAUCCCAACCUUCCCAUAGGGUCAUCGCCCACAUUCUCGACGAGUACGUGGUCCGAUGAGUCAGUCGCAGAUGGUGCAGGUGCCAACCCCAUUGGAUCGGGCGAUUUCAAUCACGACUGGUCAAUGUUGCCUGCAAUCACGAACGACUUUACCCCUUACGAGCCUAAUAGUGGGGUUACCGAUUCGAUGUUUGAAAAUUUUAUCAAUGCGGACAACGGGUAUAAUUAA